AUGGAUAAGGUGUUUAGGGCAAAAGAUAUGGCAAGAAAGCAUGUAAUUGGGGACUACACAAAACAGUUUGAAUUGUUAAGGGACUAUGCUCUUGAACUUCAAGCUACAAACCCAGACACAACAGUUAAAAUAGAUGUGUGUCCUAAUGGCAACCCUGCAUCCCCAACAAGGCAAUUUAGAAGGAUUUAUGUAUGCUUGGGUCCACUGAAAAAAGGUUUCAAAGCAUGUCUUAGAGACUUAGUAGGUUUGGAUGGUGCCUUCAUGAAAGGCCCAUUCCCUGGUCUGGUUCUUACAACAGUUGGUCAAGAUUCCAACAAUGUAAUUUAUCCCUUGGCCUAUGUAAUUGUUGAGUCUGAAAACACAGCUAGCUGGAAGUGGUUUUUAGAAAAACUUGGGGAUGAUUUGGAGCUUGGGAGCAACUCAAACUAUACUUUCAUAAGUGACAGGCAAAAGGGAUUACAAAUUGCAGUUGAUCAAUUGUUUCCCAAUGCUGAGCAUAGGUAUUGUAUUAGACAUAUUCAUGACAAUAUGAGAAAGAAGUGGGGGCAAACUGAGUACAAGGACCAUUUAUGGAGGUGUGCAUCAGCAACCACCAUUCCUGAGUUUGAACAUUUGAUGAAAGAGUUUAGAAGAGCUGUUUCUGAUGUGUUGAUUUCAAACAUGUGUGAAGUGUUUAAUGGGAAGAUAGAGAAAGGCAGGGACAAACCUUUAAUUUCAUGUUUAGAGUUCAUUAGGGAGUAUCUAAUGAAGAGGAUGUGCAAUGUCGUGAAGGGAAUGAAGAAGGAUAAAGGUCCACUAACACCUACAGCAACAGACAUCCUAGAUGCACGGAAAAAAUGUGCUUCACAAUAUAUUGCUAGGUGGAAUGGGGCAAACAAGUAUCAAGUCACUGGAGCAUUGCAAGAUCAACAUGUGGUGGAUGUUAGGAACCAAACAUGCACUUGCAGAAAGUGGGAAUUAAUAGGAAUACCUUGUAGGCAUGCAAUUGCAACUCUGAAUGAAAUGAGCAAAGACUUUGAGGCUGAGCUUGACAUUUACAAGUGGGUACACAAGGUGUAUUGGCUAGAGACAUGGCAAAAAGCUUAUUCAUUUAAGGUGGAACCAAUUAAAGGGAGACCCAUGUGGCCUAAAAGUAAUUGUCUAACAAAGCUAAUCCAUCCUCCACAUCGCACUCAGGUGGGAAGGCCUAAGAAAAAAAGAAGACAAAGUGAGGGUGAAAGGUUAAGCAAAAGACAGAAGGCAAGUCAAGGUGAUGGAGUCAAUGAGAUGCAAGGAGAACAUUCCCAAGGGCCAACAAAUGAUGGAGUGCAGAAGCUAUCAUGGAAACAUAUCAGUGUUACUUGUAGCAAAUGCAAGAAUAAGGGACACAACUCUAGGACCUGUAAAGAGCAAGGUGAGAAUCAAUCUAAGAAGUGA